AUGUCUCCGAAGAGCAGCCCCAAGCCUUCCGCACUACACCCCCAAGUGGGAACCCUCAUCGACGACGGUGGACUCGAGCUCGUUGAGGUACUCGGCGUUGGAGGUUAUGGCGUCGUGUAUCGUGCCGUUGACGUCCGCUCUCCGCGUCACUCGUACGCCGUCAAGUGCCUUCUGCAUCAUCAGAGGUCUUACCGACAACGCAUCGCUCACAUUCGCGAAAUUGCCCUUCACCAGAUCGCCUCUGCUCAUCCCAAUGUCGUGACGCUCCACCGCGUGUUGGAGGAAGAAGAUUACACGUACAUCGUGAUGGACUACGCUAGCGACGGCGAUUUGUUCACCCAAAUCCUUCACGAAGCUCGGUAUCAAGGCGAUGACUAUAUCAUCAAGCAAGUCUUCUUGCAGCUCCUCGACGCAGUGGAAUAUUGCCAUUCCCUCGGUAUUUAUCACCGUGACCUUAAGCCUGAAAAUAUUCUAUGCUUCGACAAAGGGAUGCGUGUUGCAGUCACAGACUUUGGUUUGGCGACUAGCGACAAAAUUAGCGAAGAUUUUCGCACUGGAAGCGUCUACCAUAUGAGUCCAGAGUAUGCUCGACGCUUCUCUAACCCUUCCAAACCAACGUACUCCCCAAUGUUUAAUGAUAUUUGGUCAUUGGCCAUCGUACUCCUGAACCUUACCACUGGUCGCAAUCCAUGGAGGUCAGCUUCUGUAGCCGACCCAACCUUCCAAGCUUUCCUUCGAGACCCCCAAAAUUUCCUCCCGACUGUCCUCCCCAUCUCCCCCGAAAUCAACGCAAUACUAGUCCGCAUGCUCGCCUUGGACUGGAGACAGCGCAUGACCAUUCCUGAGCUUCGCAUGGCCCUGGCUGAGGUUGACUCGUUCUACUGCCAAGAUGUCAUCUUCGACGGAAGCAUGGCGAAGUGCGUGUGGGAGGCUGGUGUUCAAAUAUCCGAAGAUUCGACGAUGAGGGAGUCUACCGGCGAGCACGUGUCGCAGGCCACCGACCUUAAGUCUCGCUGGAGUGCAGAGUCCAAGUCUAGCUCGGAUAUCGUGUUCGCUAGGGAGAACAGUGAAGUUCCCUCUGAUCGCUGGCGAGAGCGGGAGCAAUCUUCAGCCAAUGCAACAUGGGACCAUAUACCGACUAUGUCUGCCGUAUCCAGCCCCAUCAACGUGGCUGCGUCCACCGUCGCCUCUUGCGCCACCGCUUCGGGGCCCUCUAGCGGCUCCUCAUACGAUUCUCACGACUCUGAGUCCCAUGUUCCUUCAUUACCCUCUACCCCUAGCGAUUUCAGCUCCACAUUCGAGCGUGCCAAACUUCGAAAGCAGCUUCUCACUAUCGAUACCUCAGCGUAUACUCGACCCCCGCGUUACUAUGAUCCUGGUCACUCUCAGUCCGACGAACACUCCAUCAUGCAUACCGCCCUUGACGAUGAAUCCUCCUACUACCUUGCUAGCUCUAUAUCGCACAACAUGGCGUCGCCGGGUGCCGUCAUCGCGACACCGGCCAUUGACGACAAGGAAAUGGGAUCCCCCUGCCAGUGGGACUUGGGAGAUGUCGAGCCGUCGGUGCACAUGUACCCCAGCAGUAGGAAUUCUUUGGACCACAACAGCAUGGUGUGCGAAGACCCUAUGUCCGUCUCCCCCAUCAUUAGCGACUACUGGUCCUCUUCGCGAAGUCAGGCCAUACCGAUCCCUCCCCCACGAGAUCAACAAUGUCAGCCUCAUCACAUUCCCCCUUACGAUACCAUGACCGACUAUUCUUUUUUUUCAAGGCCAGACGGUCGCGACGCACAGCAGCCCCGAGGGUUCUACGCCAACAAAAAUAACAAAACUACCAAUAUCUUCAAUCCGGUCCGGUUCUUUCCUCGUCCUAGCUCUCCAUCACCUCCGUCGCCUUUCUCGCGUGCCCACGAACGUCGCAUCUCGGACCCGGUAUCUACUAUGGCGCCGUAUGAGGCGACGUCUCCGUGCCAUGUUGAGAAUUGGUGCGCCUUCUCGCCCCCGGGGACCAAGCAAUCGACGAUCCCGCUCCCCACACGAGAAACCGAUUACCGUCGCGAAGCGCGGCUACGCUCACCGCGCCGAUGGUUUUCUCCCGCCCGACUCUUUUCCGGAACGGGUGCUUCUUGA